CAUGUCCCACCACCACAACCGGAGUCCCCAGACCCGCGCCAUGAGCGCAGAGGAGAGAAGCUCCACGCCCAAGACCUCCACGCCCACACACAAGAGCGCUUCAUCCUCAUCCUCCUCGCAGCGUGACAGCCGGCAGCACACCCAGCAAACAAGGGCUCCCACGAGAAUGAAGCUCCUGCGAAGACCUGAAUGUUGUGCAUGGCGGUUGGGACGUCAAGCUUCCCCGUGGGUGCCAUGUGAAUAAUUAAUGGCGGUGUGAAUGGGGAGUUGGACGUGUGGGCGGUGCAGUGCCGGUAACCCCGGGCGAUGGCUUCCAGAGAAGAGCCUGGCGCGUCGUGCCAACGGGAGCAGCCGCUCUUAAAGUCAUCGUGCAGCCGGCGAGGAUGAACGCUCCCCCCCAUCCCCUGCCAGCUCCAGUUACCUGGGUUUCCGCUGUUUACAGACUACAUCUGCCGAGCUUUUUAUGCAUUCCUGACAAUGUUGGGGGUUGGGAGGGGGAUGGAGGAACGAUAAACAUUUCCCUCUGAUUUCCUGAAAGCGAUUCUUCUUUGAUUAAAACCAGGAGACAGAUAGCUGGGAGAUCAUCGAGGGGUUGAAGAUCGGCCAGACUAACGUCCAGCGGCCAGACAAGCACGAGGGCUUCAUGCUGAAGAAGAGGAAGUGGCCCCUGAAGGGGUGGCACAAGCGUUUCUUCAUUCUAGACAACGGGAUUCUGAAAUACACCAAGUCACCCAUCGACAUCCAGAAGGGGAAGCUUCAUGGUAGCAUCGACGUGGGCCUGUCCGUGAUGUCCAUAAAGAAGAAGGCCAGGCGAAUCGACCUGGACACCGAGGAACACAUCUAUCACCUGAAGGUGAAAUCGCAGGAAGUGUUUGACUCCUGGGUGGCCAAGCUGCGGCACCACCGGCUGUACCGGCAGAACGAGAUCGUGCGCUCGCCCCGCGACGCAUCUCUGCGGGCAUUUCCACCCCCUGCCAGCCGCCCAGAGUCCCCCCAGCUGGCCACCAGCGCCGGGCACGAGGCUAAGGCCAAGCCCACCAGCCUGCCCUGGCAGCCCCCAGCCCCCAGCAGCAGCAGUGGCAGCCUGCCAGCCUCGUACAGCAACGGCCAGAGCAAGGUGGCAGCCUGGCUGCUGGAGUGGGAGGAGAUGGACAAGUGUGCCGAGGAGCUCGCUCACUGCCAGUCCAACCUGAUCGAGCUCAGCAGGCUGCUGCAGAGUCUGGAGAUCCUGCAGAGGACCCAAUCCGCCCCCAGCUUCAGCGACAUGCAGGCUAAUUGUGUAGAUAUGUCAAAGAAAGACAAGCGGGCAAGCAGAAGAUGGAGAACAAAAAGUAUCAGCAAAGAUGCAAAAAUGCAGCUCCAGGUUCCCCUGAAUGCCAGGUUGCAUUCCUCCAACCCCAACCUGUGUGCAGACCUUGUGGAUUUUCAGACCGCGGUGCCGAGGCUGUCAGAUGCCAUCGAGUGCCCCCCCGACUACAUCAAGCUGCAGGAGGACUUCUGCGUUAUUGCUCAGAAAGUUCACUCUCUCUUGAAAUCAGCCUUCAAUACCGUAGCAAUUGAGAAGGAGAAAAUCAAGCAGGUCUUUUCCGAUCAGGAGAAGCUGGGACAGACUGCCCAGAUCCUGACCCUCAGGAGGUCCCUCUCCCAGGCACUGACCCAAAAUGCAGAGCUUCGAACCCGACUCAGCCGCAUCCAUUCAGAGUCCGUCCUGUCUGAGCAAGUGGUCAGCGUGAAUAUCAUCCCCAGCCCCAAUGAGCCAGGCGAGCCGAUCUGCGCAGGAAUCCCCCUGACUCAGCAGACGUCCAAUGAGAGCAGGCUCUCCAUGUCCGAGUCCGUGUCGGAGUUCUUCGACGCCCAGGAAGUGCUUCUGUCAGCGAGUUCAUCAGAAAAUGAGGCUUCAGAUGAUGAGUCAUACGUCAGCGAUGUGAGCGAUAACAUCUCCGAGGACAAUGCCAGCGUGACGGAUAACAUCUCCCGGCAAAUGCUCAACGGCGAUUUGGGAGGCGGGGCCUUCCGAAACGGACGCCGCAUGUGCCUCCCCGCCCCCUCCCCCGACACCAGUAACAUUAACCUGUGGAAUAUCCUGAGGAACAAUAUUGGGAAGGACCUAUCGAAGGUGUCCAUGCCAGUGGAGCUGAAUGAGCCGCUCAAUACCCUGCAGCACAUGUGCGAGGAGCUGGAGUACAGUGAGCUGCUGGACAAGGCGGCUGAAACUGAGGACCCCUACGAGAGAAUGGUCAUUGUUGCUGCUUUUGCAGUCUCUGGGUAUUCGUCCACCUACUACAGAGCAGGAAGUAAGCCGUUCAACCCUCUGCUUGGCGAGACCUACGAAUGCAUACGAGAGGACAAGGGUCUCCGCUUUUUUUCCGAGCAGGUGAGCCACCAUCCACCCAUCUCUGCUUGUCACUGUGAAUCCAAAAAGUUCACCUUCUGGCAAGACGUCAGAUGGAAAAACAAGUUUUGGGGGAAAUCUAUGGAAAUCCUGCCGAUCGGGACGGUGAACGUCAUGUUACCGAGGUUCGGCGACCUCUACGAGUGGAACAAAGUCACCACCUGUAUACACAACAUUCUCAGUGGGCGGAGGUGGAUCGAGCACUAUGGAGAAAUCACCAUCAGGAACACCAGAAGCACCGCCUGCAUCUGCAAGCUAACGUUCGUCAAGGGGAACUACUGGAGCUCGAACGUUAAUGAGGUCCAGGGCUUCAUCAUGGACCAGGAAGGGAAAGUGGUACAUCGGUUGUUUGGCAAGUGGCACGAGGGCCUGUACUGCGGAGUGCCCCCCUCAGCCAAGUGCAUCUGGAGGCCAGGGUCCAUGCCCACCGACUAUGAGCUGUACUAUGGAUUUACCAGGUUUGCAGUCGAACUCAAUGAACUCUGUCCCGAGAUGAAAGACCUGCUGCCUCCUACUGAUGCACGUUUCCGCCCUGAUCAGAGGUACUUGGAGGAGGGAAAAGUAGAUCUGGCAGCCGCAGAGAAACAGCGCAUUGAGGACCUGCAGAGGACCAGGAGAAAGUGGCAGGAAGAAAAUAACAUCAAACACCAGCCCCGCUUCUUCAAGAAGGUCAUCGAUGCCAACCAGAGGGAGAGGUGGGUUUCCAACAGUACGUACUGGGAGCUCCGCAAAGACCCCGGUUUCAGCAAACUGGAGAACCCCAAACUUUGGUAGUCCCCCAGAAGGCUGUGCUCAACAUAUCAUCAGCACUAACAAACAGGCUUUAACCUAUGCACAAUUGUUCAGAAGCUCCUCUAUGACAUUAGUACUGCAGAGUUGUGGACACGACCAGACCUGCGGAGCCCGAAGCCCCCCCCCCCCAGUAUGGCCCUGUCCCUUUUCUGAAGCAAGCGUCCCCCCCAGCAACCUUGAAAGAACACUGACCAAGCUCGUAGAUCCAUCCAAGGCUGUUACAGCUGUCAUGUCUUUGCCUUAAAACAGCAUUACUUUCAGCAGACCCAGUACAACUAAGCUCACUGGAAGCUCUACCUGAGAAGCCCACUGGAUGUCUCUAAGCACUGAUUUAGACUGACGUUUGAAUCGGGUUAUUCAGAUUUCACUCUGGAUCUCUACAUUUACCUUGCAUGUUUACUGGGCUACUUUAAUUAGUAAGAUUUAUGUUGACUUAAAGUGUGCGAGACUAACAAAAUGUUAAUAACUAUGUAAAAUAUUUCACUUUUGCUAACUGAUUAACCUUAGUUGACUACACCACAAAGUCAACAUAUUUGUUAGGGGGGACUAAUUCAUAUUUAUUUGAAUUCACAUUUAUUUAUUUUAGAAAUGGUCAAGGCUGAAAGCCAUGGUUAAUUCAUUGUGGCUGUAUUCUCUCUUGGGAUAAGCAGUUUUGUAUAGGAUGACUAUUUUUAGAGUAGAACUUGAAGAUUACUAAGUUGGUCAAAUAGCUAAAAAAUAGCCAUUGGUCAAUUGAAAUUGAGGUAAACUUCUUUCACUGCUACCUAUAGCUAACAUAGAAUGUUUUAGCUGUUGGUGGUAGCUGGAGUGUUGAUUAUUACACGCCCCUCUGAAACACAGGGAACCUCAGUUAAAAAACAAACAAAAAAAAACCCUGAAAAUUAUGGUUGCCCUGUUUAAUUAUAGUGUAUGGCAUCUAACUGGUGUUCCAGUUCAGGUCCCACGUUCCAGUGGCUAUUGAAGGUAAAUAACCAUAGGUUUAUAAAUACUGGUGCAUGUGUCAGUGAGUUGGCUGCUCAUGGGGAUGUUUUCCAGCCCUGGAUGAUUGGCAAGAUCUAAUGUCUCCUCAUUCUAUUUCAAGCCAUGAUGCUAGUUUGGGGAGGCAAUCACACUGAGAUAGUUUUACACCAUAUGCUGAAGUGAAAUGACUGCGCUUCAUCAUCUCUUCCUGUUCUACGCUAUCCUCAAAGACCACAUAUGCACUGUGGGACAGUCUCGUCCUUAUUAUUUAUUUUUUUUAUUCGAAAACAAUUGCGCGGCUUCAUGGCGCCUAGACAUUGGAUCCAAUUGUACAUUUUCAACUGGUGGCCAAACACUGCCACCUGCUGUCCAUUUAAUAGAGAACGAUUAGCUGGGUCUAUUUUGUAACCAUGGUGAUCACCGUCCUGCUGCACUAUAACAGUGAAGGUCAAAACAUUUCAGAUGGAAAGAUUUCGAUGAAAUAUUUGAAGAAGCUGUGGAACUGAAGCAUGUAAUUCAAACGUCAGGGUUACCAAGUCUCACGUAUCUGGGGUGACAGUCACGCUUUCAGACCCUCAUACAAGAUAUCUUACGGCAAACCUAUAUUAUUCCAUUGUAAACCUAAAUUUAGCCACACCAAAAGAUUUGGGGCAGUUUGCAAACCCUACAGACUAUUUACAAGGUAAUAAACUCUUACAUAUUUGCAUUUUCUUUCUGAAAUUACCUGAAUAAGAAAAAGGCGACUUUCGUAUGUAUUUAAGUAGACCAAUACAAUUUCCCUAGAGAGCAUACAGCUAUAAUUUAAAUCUUAAAUAAUAAAAGUUUUAAUAUAUAUUUUAAAAGUUAAAUAGCCUACUGUGCCGGCCGUUUAAUUAAAAAGAAAAGUAGUGCGUUUCCGUAUUUAGUUUCUCUUAUUUAGAGUAAGGGAAUUGCGCUUUUGGUACGUUUCAUUUACGUCGAUUAUUUUGAUUUUCAUAUCUUAAUUUCAGUAUUUAUAAGGAGUAUGUUAAGCAUAAUGUGUGUGCAUUUUGGGGGUGGGGUGUCGCCAGUGUAAAAGUCUUCUGUUGUAAAGGCAACUAACAUAUAUGCUUUGAAUUUUUAUUUACGUUUAUUGUGAAUUUCCAGCUGGAGGUGAGAGGGCAGGUUUUGUUAGUAAAGCUGUAGUCUUGCAAUGAUCCUUACUGCAGAACUUAAGCGCAGUUUUCUCAUUUUCCUCUUCAUUGUCUAAAAUAAACCAAAAUGUAGGCCUGAAAAAGAAGUUGUAGCUCUUGCAGAAGUUCAACUUGCUGUGCCUUAACACAUUUACUAAGCCCUGAAGUGUAAUACUUGUGUAUUGCUACAGUAGUGUAGACGAAUGUGGGAUAAAGACGCUGCAGGCAGUGCAUUUAUGUCAGUGCACUGGGGCUGAGCAGAGCACUCCUCCAUUGCUUCGUCCUCACGGCUUCGGUUAACCCUUUCCAUUAAAUGCAGUGAAAUUGCUUACUCCCGGGUUUCAGUAAUGCUUAAGGCAGGCUUUGACUGUAAAUCCUUACUUUCAGAAAGGCAAUAGUACCGAUUACUGUGGGGUGGAAAACACGGAGCAAACAGAUUUCUACCUGAUGUUAAGGGAUUACGAAAGAAAGACAGCUCUCAUGCACCCGUGUGUCUUUUAAAGCUUUCAUUUAUAAGUGUGGGCUGCUUUCUGAAGUGUUUUGCGGGAUGGGCGAUGGGGCAUGGUAGAAAUUAUUUUUUGCUGUUAGCAUGUUACGUAAGUGAUUAUUUAUAAGGUUACAAGCCUCGAAUUUCCCGUUUAAUAAUAAUUUAGUGCAAGUGAGGGGAAGCGGUUUUCCCGAUCAGGAAAGACAUUUUCCGCUGCUACGGGCGCAGGCACCGGUCAUUCAUUUUACAUUUUACACGCGAUGUCUGCGGGACGCGAUCCAUCUGAAGUAAUGGCAAUUGGUACAAAACGACUGUAAAACGAAACCCGGCCCUUAUUCCUCAAACUUAAGUUUUUCCAUAGAGAUUUCCCUCACGGGACGUAUUUACGUGGCGCUCCGUUAUUACGGCGAUUUCCUCGGUGGAAAGAUACCGGCUGACUGUAAAGGAAAAACGGAAACACAUCUGUUGUAAUUAGUCACGCAAACUGAUGACACAAAAAAGCACCAAGCGUCUCAGCCACUUAGAAUAUAGUACGCAAGACCGGCUUAGAGUCCCCGGCAGUUCAUACAUCUCACUGUUUAUUAUACACGCAUGUAAAAAAGGACAGUCUGCCAGUGAAUGUUGCGAAUGCCUUACAUGAGGUUUUCCCUUCUUUUCUUUAGGAUUUUAUUUUCUUUUCUUGUUUAAUUUCCAGACUGACGCACAUCACUCGAUGUCGCGCUGGUCUCCCAGCUUAGUCGAUUUAAUCCAUUUUCUGAUGGAUCUCUUCUGAAGUGCAAUUGUAUACCUACAUAAACAUAUCUUUUCAUGAACACUGUACACUGCUGCUAUAUAGUGCUUGUUCUAAUAAUAAAAAAAAAAAACAAUUCA